UGGCUCGUUGCUAGGUUUCCUAUUGAACAAUUCCUUCACUUAACCCCGGAGCACUCGAUCGACAGUACCAGUAACCAUGCGGAGCUUGUGGCUAAAUACGUUGACCAAGCAGAGUCUAUAUCGGCUGAGUACCAAGAGGUACUCCACCAAAAAUGAGCCCAAGGAGCCCUUGGUAAAAACUAAAUCGAUACCUGGCCCCAAAUCACUUGAGCUUAAAAAGCAGCUGGAUUCUGUCCAGGCCACCGGAUCCAUCCAAUUUUUUGCUGAUUACGAAAAUUCAAUUGGAAAUUAUAUCUCCGACGUUGAUGGAAAUGUUUUACUAGACGUCUACACUCAAAUUUCCUCAGUUCCCUUGGGUUACAAUCAUCCAAGACUUUUCAAUGUCUUUAAGAAUGAGCAAAACGUGAAAACUUUGAUUAAUAGACCAGCACUUGGUGUCUUCCCUGGCAAAGAAUGGCCGGAAAAACUAAAUUCAGUUCUGUUGAACAUUGCACCCAAAGGACUUAACAAAAUCACAACGAUGAUGUGUGGUUCGUGUUCAAAUGAAAAUGCUUAUAAGAGCAUCUUUAUCUGGUACCAAAGCAAACUUCGCGGUAAUACACCCCUUACCGAGCAGGAGAAAUGCUCUUGCAUGGUUAACACUCCGCCAGGAGCUCCAAAACUCAGUAUUCUGUCAUUCAAGGGAGCUUUCCACGGCCGUACUUUGGGCGCCCUUGCUACGACACAUUCGAAAUAUAUUCACAAGCUCGAUGUUCCCUCCUUCGAUUGGCCCAUUGCCUCGUUUCCCGAUUACAAAUAUCCUUUGGACGAAAAUGUAGCGCACAACAAGAAGGAGGACGAGAAGUGCCUUAGCGAAGUGCAGGAUCUUAUUCAGCAAUACGCCAGCAAGAAUCCCGUCGCCGGAAUUGUGGUGGAGCCCAUCCAGAGCGAGGGAGGCGACAACGAAGCCUCGCCCGAAUUCUUCAGGAGUCUGCAGGCCAUUUGCAAGAAGAACGGCAUCGCGCUCUUGAUCGAUGAAGUCCAAACCGGCGGAGGCAGCACCGGAAAAUUCUGGGCCCAUGAGCACUUCGACUUGGAGAGUCCACCAGAUGUUGUGACCUUCAGCAAGAAGCUGCAGUUGGGUGGCUACUUCCACAACGAAGACUUCAUUCCAAAGGAACCGUACAGAAUCUUCAACACCUGGAUGGGUGAUCCGGGAAAAAUCCUUCUCUUGGAGGAAGUUGUCAAAGUGAUCCAGGAAGAGAAGCUCUUGGCCAAUGUCGCUGUGGCCGGAAAGGUUCUGAAGGAUGGAUUGCUCUGCCUGGAGAAGGAAUUUCCGCAUAUCUUAAACUCCACUCGCGGUCGUGGAACAUUUUUGGCCGUCAAUUGCACCAACACCAAAGUGCGAGAUCAAAUAAUUGGGGCGUUGAAGUUGCAAGGCAUUCAAACCGGAGGCUGCGGGGAAAUUUCCAUUAGAUUCCGCCCAGCUUUGAUAUUUAAGGACUAUCAUGCUAACAUCGUCCUAGACCGCUUCCGCAAAGUGCUUCAAGCUAUUUAAGAAAAUGAUAACGAAAACCAAGAAUGAUAGUGCUCUGAAAAUUGCUAGUGCAUGCAAUAUAUCUAUGUUACCAAAAUAAAUAAUAAAAUGAAUUUAUUUUAUCCCUCUGUUAA